AGGCUUUCUCGCGGCCUGGCGGGGGCGGGGCGGCUCGGCAUCUCCGAGUCGGCCAGAAAAGUCCUCUCCCCGCGGGCGAGCGAGACCGCGGCCCCGCGGCCUCCUUCCCCUCAGGCCCCUGGCGGAGAAGCCCCGCUCCGCGCCCCAACAUGGCGGGCGGGUGCCGUCGCCCGCUGCUGACGGCGCUUCUGGCCGCCUGGGUCGCGGCGACGGCGGCAGAGGCCGGCCCCGAGCAGGCCGCGGUGCCGGAGGAGGGGAGCCGGGUGCGCCCCAUGACCGCCUCUAACUGGACGCUGGUGAUGGAGGGCGAGUGGAUGCUGAAAUUCUAUGCCCCGUGGUGUCCAUCCUGCCAGCAGACUGAUUCAGAAUGGGAAACAUUUGCAAAGAACGGUGAACUUCUUCAGAUUAGUGUGGGAAAGGUAGAUGUCAUUCAAGAACCAGGUUUGAGUGGCCGCUUCUUUGUCACCACUCUCCCAGCAUUUUUUCAUGCAAAAGAUGGGAUAUUCCGCCGUUACCGUGGGCCAGGAAUCUAUGAAGAUCUUCAAAAUUAUAUCUUAGAGAAGAAAUGGCAAUCAGUUGAGCCUUUGACUGGCUGGAAAUCCCCGGCUUCUCUAACGAUGUCUGGUAUGGCUGGUCUUUUUAGCAUCUCUGGCAAAAUAUGGCAUCUUCACAACUACUUCACUGUGACUCUUGGAAUUCCUGCUUGGUGUUCUUAUGUCUUUUUCAUCAUAGCAACAUUGAUUUUUGGUCUUUUCAUGGGUCUGGUCUUGGUGAUAAUAUCAGAAUGUUUCUAUGUGCCACUUCCAAGGCAUUUCUCUGAACGUUCCGAGCCCAGUCGAAGGUCAGAGGAGGCUCAUAGGGCUGAACACUUGCAGGAUGCAGAGGAGGAAAAAGAUGAUUCAAAUGAAGAUGAAAACAAAGACAGCCUUGUAGACGAUGAAGAAGAGAAAGAAGACCUUGGCGAUGAGGACGAAGCAGAGGAAGAAGAGGAAGAAGAUAGCCCUACUCCUGGUGUGGAUGAGGAGAGGAGUGAUGCCAAGGUCCAGGGGCCCCUGAGAGAGGCCCAGAAGGAGGUAGAACUUGAUGAGACUGAAGACGAUGUCCCUGAGCAGCCCUCUUCAGCUGACACAAAGAUCCCAGGAGACACAUUGAGGCAGCGCAAAAGUCAGCAUGCUGAUAAGGGACCAUAGGUUUAAUGACAGUAUUUCCAAGAAUACA